CAUCUAUCUGUCAAAUUCGCCUCCUCGGAGAUGUUCGCUGCAGAACAUCUGUGACCAAAGUGAAUGUAAUCCCUUGAUGAUGGGCAUGUUGAGGAAAAGCCGUCGAAAAGCGUUACAGGUCUACUAAUAGGCAGACCCACGUGGUCCAUCCCAUCCUUAACCUGCUCAGCUUAUGGGAACGAUACAACCAAGUGGGACUUUUCCCCUACAAUCAGUGUCAUGGCAGUGUUCACAUCUUGAGGGCAUCAUGCGCUCUACAGCUUUUACAGGUCAUCUGGCCAUCGUGUUUUCCUCACUUCUACACAACCACCACUGCCAUCCAUCCCUUCCAUCCUUCACUCACCGGACUCCCCCCCCCCCGUCGAAGAAAUGGAGGUUUUUUCAGGAGCAUCUAAAGUCAAGAUUGGCAGAGGAAAUUUUUCAAACGUUGGAAGAGACCAAGUCAACGACUAUUCGAUCCAUCAGACCAUCGUUCAGACUCGAGACAAGAGGACGAAGAUUAGCAGGGGCCUAUCAGAACUCUCCGAGUUCACCGAAAUCAAGCGGGGCGACAUCUACAAGAACAAAGACACCUGUUAUUCUUGGCAGUUGUGCUCGAAUGGGAAAGGCAACACGGAGGCGGCCGUGUAUAUUGCCCAAAUUAUGAUAGGCGGCCGGCUUGGGGAGAGCAAAUACACUGUGAAGACGUACUGUGGGCGAAAUGCGACCAAGGAAUGGAGGAGAGAUUUUUCGCGAUGUUCUAAGGACUGGCUCAGGGAAAUCCCACUUUUUGGUUACAACAAGUCGUCGGUUCCGUCGUUGAUAUUGUGUGGAGAGCUCGUACCCUUUGCACAAAUGGAACCUCGAAUGGGAUCGGUGGGGUUAUUCUACAUUCAAUUACUGAGGAACAGCUUAGGAUGUACAAUAAAUGAGCUGUGGAUGGAUCCUACGCAGGGAAGAUUCUGUCGCGGACCAAUUGGGCCAAAAUGUUGGGAUUGGCCGAAACGAGACUUCAGUGUCAUAGUUCCUUCCGAUGUGGAAUUCCUGAAAGAAGACGUCAUCACCCGAUAUUUUGCUAGCAAACAGAACGAUCCGGCGCUUCUUUAUACGCUUACUUAUAGUUGUCACUAUGAAAGACUUGACGGCGAUAUCCCGGCAACCUACGUCAUUUCCGGUUUGACAGACUCGGCGAUCGCUUUCGUCGAGAAUGUACGGUGGGAGAGUUGGGAAGGCUGUCUUGACAGAAGGCGGCGGAUGCGAGAUGGAACAAGAAGGUUCCGUCUCAGAGAUGGGCGCAAAAUAGCAGUAGAUUCUUUCAGCGAACGAACCGCUUGGCUCGCACAAGCGUUGAGUGUUUUCCACGCUCAUAACAUCUCAUUGGACGAGGCCUUUUCAACUACACUCGUCUUCCCUCGCCUUGAGCUCACAGGCACACUUCAGAAAUCCAAACAUAAACGACAACGACGCCAGGUCUCCCCACCCAUUUAUUUGAUUGUCCUUCCUUCUCCUUAUCCCCUCUAUCAUUGGUCGUUGGACCCAGCUGGCCAAACACCACCACUCUCGCCAGAAAUGUGCAAAUAUUUUGGCCUUCCCUUCAAGCUCUUCCUCAAAGUGUCUCCUGGCCAAUGUUCCUGGCCUACCAAGGUCUACAAACUCAUUCAUGAUUACCAAAUUGCGAGGAACUUUGACCCAAAAACCUCGGAUUUCGCACGAUCUCUUGGAUAUCCUAUAUUCACAGUCAUUCCAGCCGAAAACCGAUUCCAAGAAAUUGUCGAAGAACACCCUAAUAUGCCCACAGACUCGGAACCUGUUCCCGACUCAAACUUAUCUUACCAAAAUCGGGCGGAAGACCAAAGUGUCGAAGAAGAACAUUCUUUCUUGCUCGAAUUGCUGUUCGAUAACACUGAAGGGGCCACAAAGGAGACUGAGACUGUGUCUCGGAAAGGCACGAAACGUUCACUAGGGAGUACCCUAUUAAACCCGUUCAUUCGAGGGUUUAGAUUUCUCACCUGUAACAGUCCGGACGUCACUGCCUAGUAGUUUCGAUCGAGCGGUGGCUGGAAUGAAAGUAUCAUUCCCUGCGGUAUUCGUUGAACUCUCCAGGUCCUGGUAGAACUCUCGGACGGCAUAAAACUCGCGUCUGCACUUAGGCCUGUUAUUGAUGAUCGAGCUGGUAGUGGUUUGUAUCGUAGGCGACAUCAUCAAGAUUGUUGGGUGGCAAUGCGCUGUGUAGUAAAAUUUCUCUUACCCCAGAAGUGGUACGCCAGUGAACUGCUGUCCGCGAUCGAGUCGGCGACCGAGUCAACAACG